AUGGCUGAGUUCGCUAUUGGAGUUGUUGGCCUUGCCGGGACUAUCGACGUAUGCAUAAAAUGGGGAAAGGCUCUGGUUCAGGCAUGCAAGGACUACCGGGAAGCUGACGCUAAGGUCGGCGAGAUGAUUGUCCGCAUUGAAGUGUGUUGGACACGAGUUCUCAGCCAGCUAGAGGUGACCAAGGAGCUAGAAAGCACCAUGACCGACGACCACAAAGCUCUUCAACAGCGAACUCUUUGCAUCCUCCGGGGCAAGUUGGAUGCAGCUACUCAGAAUCUCUCAAAGUUUUCCCGGCGCCAAAUGCCCGAAAUGGUAAAAAAGCUACAGUUCGUGCGUUUGAAGGAUACCCUUGAGGAUACCAUAGCAGAACUGGAAUCCUGGCAGAGACUCUACGAGCCUUCUUGGUUUCACUUGAUCAAACUUGCUCCUCCUACUGUCGACGCGACGCUCAACAACGUCACCAAAACCGGACCUACAGGAGCAGCAGACUUCAGUUUGGUAGCCCGGAAGUUUCGUCGAGCGUUCAAAGGGCCCUCGACAGAAUCCCAGAGCGUCUUUAUUCGCGAAGAGGAGCUAGACGGCUAUAACAAAGAAGCCAUUUUGUCCUGCACGGCCCUGAUAGCCACGCGUCCAGGAGACUCCAGACGGCUCAUUGUCGACAUGGUCACCAACGGGGCAGUCCGGUCCAAAGACGCACGGGAGUUUGCCCUCCGUCUUCGAGACUCGGAUCCCCUCACCUUUGGAGUCUUUAGCUGCAAGGGGGUCGUGCGGCAGGGUAAGACCUCCGGCAUGGCCUUCCUCUUCCGGGUUCCAGAGGGAUACACGGCCAUCCGCACGGUUCGGCAACUGCUGCUCUCCGGCCAAGCCCAUGACUCACUUUCCGACCGCCUCGAGAUGGCGAAAAGGCUUGUCAAUGCUGUCUAUUACGUUCACUUAUACGGGUUCGUACACAAGAAUAUCCGUCCUGAGACGAUACUGAGCCUCAGCGAGACGGAGGAGGGGAGACUCCCCAGCAUGGCAUGCCUAGUUGGGUUUCAGGUCAUCCGAAACGCGGAUGGGAGGACAUACCCGGUGAUCGAUAGGAAGUGGGAGUCCAAUCUAUACCGGCAUCCGCUGCGGCAGGGAAACAACGUCGACUACUAUGUGAUGCAGCACGACAUCUACAGCCUUGGCGUAUGCCUCCUCGAGAUUGGUCUGUGGGAGUCGCUCGUUGCUUACGACCCCGACGGGGCUGCGCAGCCGUCGACAGCUCUUAGUCUCACUGAAGACAGGUCACAGCUUAAGAAUCCCAAUAUACUGAAGGAGCACCUAGUUACUCUUAGUCGUAGCAAUAUGUUAAGAGCUAAGAUGGGUACUAAAUACAGCGAGGUGGUCGAGACAUGCUUGACUUGUCUGGACGAGGACAACCUGGAUUUUGGUGACGAACGAGAAUUCCAAGAUGAGGAUGGAGUGGCGGUAGGUGUGAGGUAUAUUGAAAAGGUCCUCGGCAUUCUAAAUAGCAUUUCUUUAUAA